UGAACUACGGCCACACUGCUGCCAAUUUAACCUAGAUUUUUUUCAUUAAUUAGUGUGACGAACCUUUAGGACAAAAUUUAGAUAAAUUGUAACUUAAGUUAAGCACCCCAAGCACCGACCAAGAUGCGACCAGUAUUCGCCUUCCUGCUGCUGGCGCUUCUGUGCUUCGCCAGCACCAGAUCCGAGAACGAUUUCGAGGAAGACUCCAACGAUGAUUUUGCCGAAUUUGAUGAUGAAUUCGAUGGUAGCUUUUACACGGAGCAGCCGGCGUCCAAGAGUGCAGAAGCCUCUGCGGGCGGCGGAGUAGGAACUAGCCACGAAGAGUCCCGGGAAAAGGGACCACAAGAGCCACGUAAAGCAGCAGUGGAGAGCGAUGAGGAGGAAGAUGGCCUGGUAGAGGAUGACGAUGAGUUUGAGCACUUCCAGGACGAGGAAGAAUUCGAGGGCUAUGACGGUGGCGACGCCAAGGAUCCGCCCAUAGAUCAGAAGGCUGAGCCCAAGCUCAACAUCCCCAACAUCCCCCUGCAUUUCCGCACCCACUGGGACUCCUACUGGAUGGAAAUGCUCAUGGUGGCUGGUCUCCUGGCCUACUUUGCCAACUUCUUUGCGGGCAAGACCAAGAAUGCUCGCUUGGCCCAGCUUUGGUUCAGCACUCACAGAGCCCUCCUGGACGAGAACUUUGCUUUGGUCGGUGAUGAUGGCAAGGCGGAGAAUGAGAAUCCGGGACUGAUCAAGGAGAGCGAGAGUCUGUAUACGUUGUGGUGCUCGGGCAGGACCUGUUGCGAGGGCAUGCUUGUGGAAUUGAAGAUGAUCAAGCGACAGGAUCUGGUGUCUUUGGUGGCGGGAUUGAUGCGACCCCAGCUGGAUCAGGCUCAUAUCAAAAUUGAACUAACGCGCGGCGUAAUGGAUGCCUUUGUAUUUGCUGUGGGAAGCAAGAAGACCAUAACCAAGGUGUUCAAGGAGUAUACAGAUUUGAGCAAAUUCUGUAGUCUAGUUGGUAAGCCCGAGGAUCGUUACAAUGUACCCAAUGGCUUUGGUGUCCUCUCCGAGGUCCCUGAGGCCACCUCGGCCAUUUUAGAAUCACGCGUUAUCACUGCACUUAACAAGUACCAAAGCUAUAUCGAUUACCUGCACAUCUCGGACCAAUUCAGUGGCCCCAUCCAGCAGGAGGAGAGCUCUAGCACGCUCAAACAGCCGGAAACCAAAGCCGUGCUCCUGGCUGGCUUCAACCUGCCCAAACAUGCCGAAAUGGAGACCAUUAAACCGUUGUUAUUGUUGAUAUUUUAUUUGAUGGAACGCUUGAAGACUUAUCGCAUGUCCAAGGAGGGCAAAGCCAAAUCCGAUAAAAAUCGCGCUCGCGUUGAGGAGGAGUUCUUGAAGAGCACUCAUGCCGCCCGUGCUGAGGCCGCUGCCCAGCGUCGCGAGGAUAAGCGCAAGCAGGAGAAGGAGCGCAUCCUGGCCGAUGAAGAUCCGGAGAAGCAGCGCCGCUGGGAGCUCAAAGAGCAGAAGCGUCAGGCCAAAAAGAAUGCGCCCAAAAUGAAGAGACUGGCUGUCAAAUCGCUGUAGAGAUCUAUUUAUAGUGUGCCAUUUAGUCGCCAAAAUAUAAGCUCCUCUUUAAAGAAACGACCAUUUGUAGCUUGUUCCUCUCAAAUUUGCCAGAAAAAAUAAAGCAAUAUCUAUAUAUUUGUUUCCUAUGGAGCGUGAAAAACAAA